AUGGCGUCCGCUUCUUUCAGAGACUCGAUGAACUCACUGGGUUGGUCAAGACGGGACCAGGACGUGCCCGUCAAUACGGCGCAACAGUCCGGUCUCAUGUCUUCGAUCAAGUCCCUUAACCCCUUUGGAAACAACAGCUAUAUCCAGCUCCCAACAACCGAGGGCGCCGGCGCGCCUCUGCCUGCUGCCAACAGGAGGGAAGAGGAGGAGGGCUUCGCAACGCUGAGUCGAUGGGAUCGUUUACUCAUUUUUGGUGCCUGCAACCUGGGCGCCCUUGCCUGCUUCGUCAUCUGCUUCGCCUUGUUCCCGGUAGUAGCGGUGCGGCCGCGCAAGUUUGUGAUUCUAUGGACACUUGGCUCCCUCCUGUUCCUGGCGUCCUUCGCGGCCGUCAUGGGCCCGAUGGCGUACGUGAAACACCUUGUCUCCGGCCAGCGUUUGCCUUUCACUGCUGCCUACUUCGGAUCGCUUGGGCUUUCCAUGUACUUCUCUCUCGGUCUUCACAGCACCAUUUUGACCUUGAUCUCGGCUGUCAUCCAACUGGCUUGCCUUGUUUGGUACCUAGUCAGCUACUUCCCCAUGGGCUCGAGUGGACUGCGCCUGGCCACCACGUUUGGCGCCAGAAGGGCUGCUGCCUGGAUGACGGGCUGA